AGACGUCAAGCGUUUCAUGGUUCAUUUUUUUGUCGUGACCGUACGUGCAAGUGCUUUUUAAAAACAAAAAGAUUUAGGAAAUUGCCGGAUUUACUUGAGCCUGGCAACCGCGACGAUUGCUGUUGACUUCAGUUGCUGUUGUCGUUGUCCUGGUUGUUGUUGUUGUCGCCGCUGUUGCUGUCGUCGUCGUCGUCGUUGUCGCUGUCGCUGUCGUUGGUGUACCGGCUGUCAUGUCCGACUACAGCGACUUGGAUCGUCAGAUCGAGCAGCUAAAACGCUGCGAAAUUAUUAAAGAGAACGAGGUAAAAGGCUUAUGCGCCAAGGCGCGCGAAAUUCUUGUGGAGGAGGGCAACGUACAGCGUGUCGAUUCGCCGGUAACCGUCUGCGGUGAUAUACAUGGCCAGUUCUAUGACCUAAAGGAGCUAUUCAAAGUGGGUGGCGAUGUACCCGAGAAGAACUAUCUGUUCAUGGGGGAUUUUGUGGAUCGCGGCUACUACAGUGUCGAGACAUUCCUACUGCUAUUGGCAUUGAAGGUUCGGUAUCCGGAUCGCAUAACGCUAAUACGUGGCAAUCACGAAUCUCGCCAGAUUACCCAGGUGUAUGGGUUCUAUGAUGAGUGCUUACGCAAAUAUGGCUCGACAGCCGUUUGGCGCUAUUGCACCGAAAUCUUUGACUACCUCAGCCUGUCUGCCAUCAUCGAUGGCAAAAUCUUUUGCGUACAUGGCGGCCUAUCGCCAUCCAUACAGUAUUUGGAUCAGAUACGGAGCAUCGAUCGUAAGCAGGAGGUGCCGCACGAUGGCCCCAUGUGCGAUCUGCUAUGGAGCGAUCCCGAGGAUCAGACCGGUUGGGGUGUAUCGCCGCGCGGUGCCGGCUAUCUCUUUGGCUCCGAUGUAGUUUCACAAUUCAAUCGGACCAACGACAUUGACAUGAUCUGUCGCGCCCAUCAGCUGGUCAUGGAAGGCUUCAAAUGGCACUUUAAUGAAACAGUGCUCACUGUCUGGUCGGCGCCCAACUAUUGCUAUCGUUGCGGCAAUGUGGCAGCUAUAUUGGAGUUAAACGAGUACCUGCAUCGUGACUUUGUCAUCUUUGAGGCGGCACCACAGGAGAGUCGCGGCAUACCAUCCAAGAAGCCACAAGCUGACUAUUUCCUCUAAGCUGCUAAACAGAACAACUAAGGUACGCUCGUCCGCUUGCGACUUGCCAUCGAGUUGCAAAAUAACAAAAACACAUUGAUAACUGCCUGCCUGCCUCAAGCAAAAAUACGAGAAACAAAAACA